CGAAACCUUUUCCUUUGUGCUGACCAAUGUGGAUGGCAGCAGGAAGAUUGGCUACUGCAGGAGGCUACUGCCUUCUGGCCGUGGUGUUCGGCUUCCUGAGGUCUUCUGCAUCAUCAGCUGCCUGGGCUGCUUCGGGCUCUUCUCCAAGAUCCUGGACGAGGUGGAGAAGCGGCGCCAGAUCUCCAUGGCUGUGAUCUAUCCCUUCAUGCAAGGUCUGCGGGAAUCUCCCUUCCCAGCGCCAGGGAAAACUGUCACCAUCAAGAGCUUCAUCCCUGAGUCAGGCACAGAGCUCAUUGAGCUCACCAGGCCCGUGGAUGCCCACCUGGAGCACGUGGAGUUCCAGGCUCUGUUGCAGAGACUCAGCCCUGACCUCAUCCUGCACAUCUUUGCCUCUGCCGUGCUGGAGCGACGCCUCAUCUUCCUGGCAGAGGAGCUGAGUGUCCUGUCUCAGUGCAUCCACGCCGUGGCUGCUCUGCUCUACCCCUUCACCUGGGCUCACACCUACAUCCCUGUGGUCCCUGAGUGCUUGCUGGACACUGUCUGCUGCCCCACGCCCUUCAUGGUUGGCAUCCAGAUGCGGCACCUGGAGAGGGUCCUGGAGCAGCCCAUGGAGGAGGCCCUGAUAGUUAACCUGUGUGAAGGGAAGAUCAUCAGAGCAGUGGGUGAUGAGGAGGAGAUCUUGCCUGUGAAGCUGCAGAAUGAGAUGUUGACAUCCCUCAACAGGCAUAACAACAACAACAACAUACACACCUCUGAGCAGGUGAACACACUUGUCUCCGAAGCCUUUGUGCAUUUCUUUGUCCGAAUGGUGGGACACUACUCCUCCCACAUCAAGUGGAACAAGAGUGGUUCAGGGAGCUUCCAGGAGAGAAGCUUCUGCAAGGCCAUCACCUCCAGGAGCAGCCGCAGGUUCGUCAAGAAGUUUGUGAAGACAAACAUGUUCUCCCUAUUUAUUGAGGAGGUGGAAAGGAGCAGAAUCCCACAGGAAGCUUAUUUCCAGCAGAAAAUAAAGGAGUACCACGAGCAGAAGAAGCAGCGAAGAGACUCCUGA